AUUUGCACGUGAAUUCAUAGUUUUCUUGUUGUUUAAAAUUUUAACCGUAUUAUGAUAAUUAAAACUAUAUUUUAAAAUGCUUUCGUUACGAAGAUCAAUUAAAUAUCCUAUACAAAGUUAUAUUAAGCACAAUGUACGCUUUUGUAGCAACACUUUAUUUCAACAGACUAGCAAUGAAACCAAAAAUGACCAUAAGUUAUCAUUACGACAAGCUGAAUGGAAUCUUGCACAACUGAGGUAUGCCGAGCAUCCUUUAAUUUUAUAUAGUAACAAAUUACAAGAACAAGUAGAAUUUAUGAGUCCUCAACAACUACGAGCGUAUAAACAUAAAGAGAUUCUUAAGGAAAAGCGUACAUUACGACAACUACAAAAACAACCACUUAUAGCUGAGCCACAGCGCAGUGUUAAUGUGGACGAUAAUAAUAAUAACAAUUUUCCAAACAAUUGGAUGGAAGAUUACGAAUUCUAUGAGGGCAACGAUGACGGGAAACACCCACCUUACGGUACAGCCGAUAAUAGUAUAAGUCCGUCAUCCGUGCCUUGCAGUGGUUGUGGAGCGCAUUUGCACUGUACUCGGACUAAUUUGCCAGGAUACAUUCCUGCAGAGAUAUUCAAAGGUCGCACAAAUAAAGAACUCCAAACCAUAACAUGUCAGCGCUGUCAUUUUCUAAACAAUUAUAAUAUUGCUUUAGAUAUUGAAAUAAGUCCCGAGUCAUACGUCGAAACUAUAUCUCGCAUAAAAGAUGAAUAUGCUUUAGCAAUAGUAAUUGUAGAUCUAUUAGAUUUCCCAUGCUCUAUAUGGCCAGGUAUAGGCGAUGUUCUUGGCCAUAAACGUCCAGUGUUUGUAGUUGGUAAUAAAGUAGAUUUACUACCACGGGAUCAUAAUAAUUACUUGGCUCAUGUUAAAAGCUGUUUGAAAGAUCAAAUGCUACAGUGUGGGUUCGACUCGCUCAAUAUUAAACAUAUUAGCUUAAUUUCUGCUAAAACGGGCUACGGAAUUGAAGAACUUAUAACUCAACUUCACAAAAUAUGGGCAUACAAAGGAAACGUUUAUUUAGUUGGUUGCACGAAUGUUGGAAAAAGUACCCUCUUCAAUAUUCUUUUGAAUUCUGAUUACUGCCGUCCAGAGGCUACGGAUUUAGUUCGCAAAGCGACGACCUGCCCUUGGCCAGGUACGACUCUUCAAAUGCUGAAGUUCCCUAUACACAGACCUUCAGACAUACGAAUAUAUCAACGUUUCCAACGGCUAACUUCCGAACGUUCACAAAAGUACGCUGAGAACGCAAAUCGCCGACAGAAAGCCCAGAAGACUGGCGACAUUAAUGCAGCCCGUCUUGUGGGUAAAAUUGGCAGGACUUUCGUUAAGACUGAAGAAACUGUUGAUGCAUUUGCUGUUUCUACCGGAACACAACCAAUAGUUGCGUUGAAUGAAAGAGAUCCACGAUAUCGUGAAGCUAAGUGGUGUUACGACACACCAGGAGUAAUGCACCCAGAGCAAUUUACAGAAUUGCUUACAACACAAGAAUUGCAGCAAUUGACGCCUCCUAAUAUGAUUUUACCCAGAGCUAUACGCCUCAAACCGGGUAUGAGUCUCUUCCUAGCUGGUUUAGCUCGUUUGGAUUUCUUAGAAUGUAAAUACGUUGAUAUUGACUGGGUAAAAGUAUUUGUAUUCAGUUCUUUAUGCCUACCUUUGGUUAUUACUCACACGGAAAACGCUGAAAAAAUGUACAAAGAAUACCUUGGCACGGAAGUACUCAGCCUACCAAACGGCAAUGAGGCACGUCUAGCUCGUUGGCCAGGAUUAAAAAGUUCUAAUGAAGUUAUCCAACUUGUGGGCAAGUAUGAGGACGCAAUCAGCUCUGAAAUAGUUUUAUCGUCAGCUGGUUGGGUGGGACUGAGAGUGCCUUAUGCCAGUGAUUGUUCAUUCAAAGCAUGGACACCACAUGCGCGUGGAAUAUUUGUACGUUCCCCACCAUUGGUACCAUACGCAGAACGAUUGGUGGGGAAGCGUAUACGAAACUCUUUAGCAUACAAUUUAGGAAAACCGUUUACUUUUAAAAAAUAAAUUAAUAUUUUUAAAAACAAA